GAAAUUUCCGCCAAUAUUGAGAAUAUGGCGGCUAAAUACAAGGAUGUUGCGGAUGAGAAUGAAUCCAAGGUUCUAGGUUUGAAAACUGGAAUUGCUGAUUUAAACACAAAGUUAGAUGAGAUUGAAGGAGGAUUAUCUCGGCUAAGGAUAGAUCUCCAAUCCUGUUGUCGGAGCAGAGUAGAACUUGAAGCAACUAUCUCAAGGAUGAUAUCAGAAGCAUUUUCUUCAAAUCUUACUCCUGAGCUAACUAAGAAUUACGUUCUGAAACCUGAGUUGGAAAAUUUUGAAUCUACUCUUAUGGAAUCUGUUGGAUCUAUUCGUCAGGAAAUGUUGGAGCUAAUAAAGACCAGCAUUGGGAAAGAAAAGUUUGAGUCUAGGUUAGAGGAACUGUUGAGAAGAGAAGGACUGAAUAAAACUACAGGACUAGGAGAACGAGAGGUAGCUCUUAUUGUUGAAAAUGCUUUGAUUCAAUAUGAUGCUGAUAAAACAGGACUAUUCGACUUUGCACUGGAGACUGCCGGGGGUAGUGUUAUCUCUACUCGUUGUACGGAGACCUAUGUACAGAAGUCAGCUAUGUACAGUGUGUUUGGUAUUCCCAUCUGGUAUCCGUCUAACAAUCCUAGAACUAUUAUCCAGCCUGGAGUACAACCAGGAGAAUGCUGGGCAUUUAAAGGUUCCUCCGGAUAUAUUGUAAUUCAACUCUCCGAACCUAUUCAUCCAACACAGUUCUCCCUGGAGCAUAUAUCUAGCUCUAUGUCUCCGUCAGGAAAGAUUGAUAGUGCUCCACGUGAUUUUAUCGUCUACGGUCUGCAGGGGGAGAAGGAUGAGAACCCUGUAGAGCUGGGUGAAUAUACCUACCUGGACAACUCAACCCCGCUACAGUUCUUCCCUGUACAGCAUCCAUCCGACCUAUCCUUCCCCUACAUUGAGCUGGAUAUUAAAACCAACUAUGGAAACAUAAACUAUACCUGUCUAUAUAGAUUCAGGGUACAUGGAAACAGAUAAGGAAAUCUUAUAUUGGAUAUGAAACUGUUGUUUUUGUUUUAGAUUUGGAAAGGUACAUGUUGUUUGUGCCAAUUGUGUCAAAAUUUAUUUCAUAUCGACUUGUAUGUUAUUUUCUUGCUGUCAUAUGAUGUAUUUAUUAUUAUAGCGUGACCUGUCCAUAUUUUAAAUUAUUGUAAAUAUCUUAUUUUAUAAACUAAUCCGUUUACACAAUGUACUUAUAAAUAAUUGAAAAAGUUUUUAUAAUGAUGAUUCUAAAUCAAAUAAAUUUUCCAUAACAAAUGAA